AUGGAAAAAUUAAUAAAAUUUUACCGGAGCUUUAAAUGUGUCUUGCAAAACUUCUACAUUGGAGAUCCACAGUCAACAUACAUUGAUUUCAAUGAUUUCUUUAGCUCGGAAGCUAUGAUUAACUUCUUUGGAUUCAAUAACUUGCCACGAAAUACUCCUUUGAGUAACGAUAGAAAACGUAGAAUGUUUUACACAAUGUCGAUGAUAAAUUGGGUUAUCUUUAUGGUCCUUAACAUUAUCAGUAUUGCUUAUGGAUUAAAAAAAGGUGGAUCAUUUCUGGUGCUUACUGAAAAUGUCGGUGUUGUGUGCAUAUCAGGAACGGUGUUGAUCGAAGGAAUUACGAUAAUGUACUGGCAUCGAAAAAAGCUUAUGGAAAUUGUUAUUAAGCUCAAGCAGUACUAUCCUUAUGAUGCCUGGAACCAGCAAGUUUUUGAUGUUCCUCAGCAUUUACAGACAUUAAAUGUGUGUGGAAAAAUCAGUGCAGUUUUAUAUAAAGGAGUCAUGGUUCAAUAUACAGGAAUGCCAAUAUUUAUUAUAUUUUAUGAGUUGGCCUUUGGAUUGGACAUUAAAUUUGAGUUGAUAAUUCAAUUAUUGCUGCCCAUUGACACUGCAAAUCCUAUCAUAUACUUAAUUCUUUUCAUUAACGGAGCUUGGGCUUUAAUUGUUGGAACUUUCACUGUCCUUAUAACUGAUUUUUUGUUAGCUGAGCUUGUUGCAAUCAUUAAUUUGGAAUUGAUGGCUCUGUCACAGCUUAUGAGUGAGAUUGAUCCAUCGGAUGGACAGGAUGAGGCAAUCAAGGAGCUGAAGAAGCUAUCAGAAACUCAUCAAGAACUGAUUGAACUUUCUGAAGACUUGAGGAACAUUAUAUCUCCUCUGCUUUUUAUCAACUGCUUUGGCAUGAUGAUUGUUCUAUGCUGUGCUGCUUUUUUGACUUUGUCAGGAAUCAGCAAUUAUUUCUUAAUUAAGUAUGCUUUGAUAACCUUGGUGUCAGCAUGGAAUUCAUUUAUUGUUUGCUUUUAUGGCGAUCGUCUUAAUGAUGCUUCAUUGUCAGUGGCUCAGGGUGUCUACAACUGCAACUGGAUGAGCGGAAACUGCAAGUUUCGAAAGAUGAUCCUGAUUGUCAUGGUCCGUGCACGAAAGGUGCAGGAAUUGACUGGAAUGGAAUUUUUAAACAUCAACUUAGAAACCUAUCAGUGGCCUCAACAUUCUAAAGGUUUCCUUGCUCGUGUCUUAAAAGGAGUUGCUUCGUGGAAUCGAAACGAACAAGUCAUCUUUUCGUUUAGUCUAAGCUUAAAUCUCGCGAUGGAAAGCUUUACGAAGAUUUAUUACAGCUUUGUGACAGUCUUAAGAAAGUUGUAUGGUGACGAUCUACAAGCAACUUACGUUGAAUUUGAGGAAUUCUUUGACUCGGAAAAAAUAUUCAACUUUUUUGGAAUUAAUAAUUUACCAAGAGCAACUCAUUUGGACAGAAGUAGAGAACGCAUAGCAUUUUUCGUGUUGUCGAUGAUUAUGUCGGUUGUUUUUUUGGUUCUGAAUGUUCUUAGUGCUAUUUAUGGACUUACACAUGAUAUAUCAUUUUCGACAGUUAUUGAAAAUAUUGCAAUAAUUGGAAUUAUAAGUUUAAUUUUGAUAAAAGGAUUCACAAUCAUGUACUGGAAACGAGAUAAUAUUAUGAAUAUUAUUGUGAAGCUUAAACCGUUUUUUCCUGAAUCUGCUUGGGAUCAACAUGUAUUCCAGGUGCCUCAACAUUUGAAGACUUUAAGGAUUUGUGGAAAGUUAUGUGCAGCUGUUUAUGAAACGGUAUUGAUUGAAUUCACAAGCAUACCGAUUGUUAUUCUAUUAUAUGGAUUGAUAUGUUCACACGAAGUGAAAUUAGAAUUGGUUAUUCAGCUUCAACUACCUUUUGACACAACGGAUCCUUUGACAUAUGCCAUACUUUACAUCAUCAAUACUUGGGUAUUUAUUGUCGGAACAUUUACUGUCUUAAUUACAGAUCUAUUGUGUGUAGAACUUGUAGCAAUAAUCAAUUUGGAGUUAAUGGCUUUGGUACAGCUUAUAACUGAGAUAGAUCCCGCUGAGGGACAAGAUGUGGCAACUGAUGAAUUGAAAAAUUUGUUUGACACUCAUCAAGAAUUGAUCGAGCUUUCAGAAGAUUUGAAAGAUAUUCUUUCUCCAUUAUUUUUCCUAAACUGCUUUGGUGUGCUUAUGAUUAUACCUUGUUGUGCAUUUUUGACACUGUCUGGAAUCAGCAAAUAUUUCCUCUUGAAAUAUUUUUUGGCUUUAGUUGCAUCGUCAUGGAACUUUUUCCUUCAUUGUUUUUAUGGCAGUCGUUUAAAUGAUGCAUCAUUGUCAAUAGCUGAGGGUGCGUACAACUGCAAGUGGUUCAAUGGAAGUAUUAAAUUCCAAAAAAUGAUUCUGUUCGUCAUGAUCCGUGCACAAAAAGCACAGGAAUUGACAGGAAUGAAAUUUGUUAAUAUUAAUUUGGAAACUUAUCAUAUUGCAUACGGGAUAAGCACAGGUGGAUCAUUUCUUAUUCUUACUGAAAAUGUCGGUGUUGUGUGCAUUGAAGGAUUAAUUUUGAUGAAAGGAUUUACAGUAAUGUAUUGGUAUCGAGAAAGAUUUAUGGAAAUUGUCGUGAAGUUAAAGAAACACUUUCCUAAUAAUUCUUGGGAUCAGGAUGUAUUUCUUGUUCCUCAACAUUUAAGGAAAUUGAAAUUCAUUGGAUCUAUUUGUACAGUUUUUUAUAAAGGCGUCACAUUGGAGUUCGUGACAGUCCCGAUUCUUAUUCUUUUGUAUGGAUUAACGUUCUCACAGGAAGUAAAGCUAGAGAUGAUUAUACAACUUGCCUUACCCCUCAACACAAAAGAUCCAACAACAUACGCUGUUCUGUACACCAUUAAUGCUUUAGCAUUUUUUGUCGGAAUUUUUACUGUGCUGAUUACAGAUUUGCUGUUUACGGAACUAGUUGCUAUUAUCAGCAUGGAGUUGAAUAUAUUAGGACAAUUAAUGAGUGAGAUUGAUCCAGCAGAGAGUCAGGAAGAGGCUAUAAAAGAGUUGAAAAGAUUAGCUAUUACUCACCAAGAACUGAUUGAACUAUCGGAAGAGCUGAAAGAUAUUUUAUCGCCUUUAAUGUUCAUUGACUGCUUUGGAAUGAUGAUCACAAUGUGCUGUGCUGCUUUCUUGACUUUGUCUGGAAUCAGCAAAUAUUUCCUUUUAAAAUAUGUUUUGGCUUUGGCUGCAUCGUCGUGGAAUACAUUCAUUCAUUGCUAUUUUGGUGACCAUCUCAAUAAUGCCUCAUUAUCAGUGGCUGAGGAUGCGUACAACUGCAAUUGGUUAAGUGGAAACGUCAAGUUCCGUAAAAUGAUUCUGAUUGUCAUGGUUCGCGCUCAAAAGGUUCAAGAAAUAACAGGAAUGGAGUUUGUGAACAUGAAUUUAGAAACCUAUAAAUGGAUCCUGGAUGCAUCAUAUUCGUACUAUUCAGUACUGGCUGCAGUUUAUACGCCAUAA